AUGGGUAUCUGUUUUUCCGCCACCAAAGUUAGUGGUUCAAAUAGCAACACUUCUUCAACUACCGCGAACAACCACCUGCACCGCCGCCCCGGAACUGACUGCACCGCCUCCGCCAGUAAUCCAGCCUCCACAACCACCACUAGCGUUACGUCAAGAAAACAAGGGGUUUCUCGUUAUAAUCGUCAUAAAACAAAAGGUCAUAGUAAUCAACAAAAGAGGAAUAUUCCACAUAUUGUUCAGAAUAGUUCAAAAAGGCCAGGUGGAAUCAUCCCUUGUGGGAAAAGAACAGAUUUUGGGUAUGAUAAAGAUUUCGAUAAUCGGUAUACUAUUGGGAAAUUAUUGGGUCAUGGCCAAUUUGGUUAUACAUAUGUUGCAAUUGAUAAGUCAAAUGGAGAUCGUGUUGCCGUGAAGAAAAUUGAGAAGAAUAAGAUGGUCCUUCCCAUUGCUGUAGAAGAUGUCAAACGAGAAGUCAAGAUAUUGAAAGCUUUAGCUGGUCAUGAGAAUGUUGUUCAGUUCCAUAAUUCAUUUGAGGAUGAUUCUUACGUGUACAUAGUAAUGGAGUUAUGUGAGGGAGGUGAAUUGCUGGACCGCAUUUUGUCAAAAAAGGACAGCCGGUACACAGAGAAAGAUGCGGCAAUCAUUGUAAGGCAAAUGCUAAAAGUUGCAGCUGAGUGUCAUUUGCACGGUUUAGUACACCGUGACAUGAAACCAGAGAAUUUUCUAUUCAAGUCACCAAAAGAUGAUUCAUCAUUGAAGGCUACAGAUUUUGGUCUUUCAGACUUCAUUAGACCAGGAAAGAAAUUCCAAGAUAUUGUUGGGAGUGCAUACUAUGUUGCUCCAGAGGUAUUGAAGCGUAAGUCAGGUCCUGAAUCUGAUGUGUGGAGUAUUGGUGUAAUUACUUACAUUUUGCUCUGUGGCCGGCGUCCCUUCUGGGACAAAACUGAGGAUGGCAUAUUUAAAGAGGUUCUAAGAAACAAGCCUGACUUUCGGCGAAAACCAUGGCCAAGCGUAAGCCAUGCAGCUAAAGAUUUCGUGAAGAAGUUAUUGGUGAAAGAUCCUCGUGCCAGACUUACUGCAGCGCAGGCGUUGUCACAUCCAUGGGUUCGAGAAGGAGGUGAAGCUUCCGAGAUUCCAUUAGAUAUAUCUGUUCUAAACAACAUGAGGCAGUUUGUGAAAUACAGUCUAUUGAAACAGUUUGCCCUACGGGCAUUGGCUAGCACACUUGAUGAGGAGGAGCUGUCUGAUCUCCGAGAUCAGUUUGAUGCAAUUGAUGUGGAUAAAAAUGGCUCCAUUAGUCUUGAGGAAAUGAGACAGGCACUUGCAAAAGAUCUUCCUUGGAAAAUGAAAGACUCGCGUGUUCUUGAAAUUCUUCAGGCGAUUGAUAGCAAUACCGAUGGGCUUGUAGAUUUCUCAGAGUUCGUUGCUGCUACUCUGCAUGUUCAUCAGUUGGAGGAACAUAACUCGGAAAAGUGGCAGCAAAGGUCACAGGCUGCUUUUGAAAAAUUCGAUGUUGAUAGAGAUGGCUUUAUAACCACAGAGGAGCUUAAAGUGCAUACCUGCCUACGGGGUUCUAUAGACCCUCUUCUAGAAGAAGCAGACAUUGACAAAGACGGGAAGAUAAGCUUAUCAGAAUUCCGGAGGCUUUUAAGAACUGCAAGCAUGAGUGCACGAAACGUGACUAGCUCAUCUGUAAAUCGAGGUUAA